GGUUCACUUCCUAUAGGGACUGAAAACCAAGUGAGGAGAUGAAGGAUUGCACUGGACUACAAUACAGAGAGGAUAGACACCAAACAUGGAUCUUAAUCUUCACCCAAGGAACAACUAAAUGGUGACAUGGAAGGCCUUAAUUGCGAGGUGCCAAACCAGGUUUGCACAGAGUCAUUGAUGCUCUUGAAUGACCAACACAUUCACCAACAUUUGUUCACAUGUGAAAAGUCAUUCUCAACAUCACGGUACCUACACAUACACCAAUGCCCUCACACAGGAGACAAAACACUUAACUGCAAGGUGUGCAACGAAUCGUUCUCAAAGUCGUCAUCCCUUACCAGAUAUCAAUGUGUUGACACAAGAGAGAAACCAUUCACAUGCAAGAUGUGUGACAAAUCAUUUACACACUCAUCAAUCCUUCAUGCACACCAACGUGUUCACACCAGAGAGAAACCAUUUACAUGCAAAGUGUGUGAUAAAUCAUUCUCUGAGUUAUCAACUCUCCGCCUACAUCAUAGCAUUCACACAGGGCUAAAACCGUUCACGUGUGUGGUGUGCAACAAAUCAUUCUCCCAUUCAUGGACCCUCCGUGAUCACCAACGCACUCACACAGGGGAGAAACCAUUCAAGUGCAAGGUGUGCAACAAGUCAUUCUCAAGGUCAUCUUCCAUCCGUGUUCACCAACGUGUUCACACUGGGGAGAAACCGUUCACUUGUAAAGUGUGUAACAAAUCAUUUGCGCAGUCAUCAACCCUCCAUGCUCACCAACGCACUCACACAGGAGAGAAACCAGUCAAGUGUGAGGUGUGCAAUAAAUCCUUUUCACAAUUAGGAGGCCUCCUGGUCCAUCAGAAGAUCCACACAGGGGAGAAACCCUUUAAGUGUGAGGUUUGCGAUAAAGCUUUUGUGACAUCUUCGAGCCUCCUAAUACACCAGAUGAUUCACACUGGAGAGAAACCCUUUCGAUGUGAAGUUUGUCAAAUGGCUUUCAUCCAAUUCUCUGAUCUCCUGAGGCACCAGAGGAUUCAUACAGGAGAAAAACCGUUCAAAUGUGACAUGUGUGAUCGUGCCUUCACACAGUUAUCAAUCCUACGUGCCCACCAACGCAUUCAUACAGGAGAGAAACCCUUCAAGUGUGAGGUAUGUGGCCGAGCCUUCACACAGUCAUCAACGCUUGUGGAACACCGACGCAUUCACACAGGUGAAAAACCAUUUCCAUGUAAAGUGUGUGACAAAUCCUUCUCAAGGUCAUCAUCCCUCCUUCUGCACCAGAGGAUUCACACCGGGGAGAAACCUUUCAAAUGUGAGGUGUGUAACCGAGCCUUCACACAGUCGUCAACUCUUGUAGAACACCUACGUAUUCAUACGGGAGAGAAACCAUUUUCAUGUAAAGUGUGUCACAAAUCAUUCUCAAGGUCAUCAACUCUCCUUCUGCAUCAGAAGAUUCACAAAGGAGAGUGACCAUUCAGGUGUCACGUCCGUCACAAAGCUUUAGCUUAACCCACUUUUCCAAUCUGCUGAAAAGGAUCCACUCUAAGAAGAAAGCAUUCAUGUAUAAAGUGUGUAUUAAUAGGUCCCUGAACACAACACAAUCAUUUCAGCUCCUUAUCCAUUCCUCACGUGGUCUCAAGGUCAGGUUACCUGCUUCUGUUGCGCUGAAUAGACAGACACAAGGUUGGAAGAACACGGCAAGCCAGGCAAUAUCAGGAGGCGAAGUCGUCGUUUUGAAUGUAACCCUUCUUCAGAACCCUGAGCUAUGUGUUUAGGAAAAGGUGAGGACUGCAGAUGCUGGAGAUCAGAGUCGAGAGUGUGGUACUGGAAAAGCACAGGUCAGGCAGCAUCCAAGGAGCAGGAAAAUCGAUGUUUUGGGACAUUUCAAGUUCCUGAUGAAGGGCUUAUGCCUAAAAUGUCGAUUCUCCUGCUCCUCGGAUGCUGUCUGUUUGUGUUGUUCAUCCCGGAAGUGCUCAAACAGGGGGAGCUAUUGUUCCAAAGCACUGUCAGUCUCAGCAGGGACUCUCCCACCAUCAGUUUAAUUAUUUUAAGAAGGUCAAUUUAAUCUUUGACCAGAUUACCAAACAUCGCCAGAAGAUGACAUCUGUAUAUGUAGAAUCUCCUGUAUGAUGAGAUUAGAUUAGAUUAAUAACAGUGUGGAAACAGGCCCUUCGGCCCAACAAGUCCAUACCAAUCCUCCAAAGAGCAACCCACCCAGACCCAUUCCCCUACAUUUAUCCCUUCACCUAAACUACGGGCAAGUUAGCAUGGCCAAUUCACCUAACCUGUACAUUUUUGGAUUGUGGGAGGAAACCGGAGCACCCAGAGGAAACCCCACACAGACAUGAGGAGAAUGUGCAAAUCCACAGAGACAGUUGCGUGAGGCACUCAACUUCCUUUCAGUACAACAUCAGGUACAAGUCAUACCCCACUCUGAGCAAGAAGAUAAUCAGAUCUUCAGUGGUUAGAAAGGCCUCAGCCUCUGAUCGACCAGUACAAUCACCUGGGGGAAGGGGCAGCCAUUGCUGGGGUAAUAAUAAAGGUACUUCAAUUAGCUUCAAUAUUUUUGUCGAUGGAGGGGGUGAAUCAGCCAGGAAUCUCAUAUCUCAUCAGUGAGCCCUGCUGUGAAAUCAGGGAGGGCAGGAUGUGUCCCGGCUGUGGCAGUCUCCACGAUCUCAUGCCAUUCACUGUCUGGCCCUCCACAUGCUGAAUGGUCACUCGAACAGAACACUAGAGGCCUAUCAAUGUUCACAUUCUGUCCUUCAGGUCAGUACCUUAGGAAAGACAACAGCCUACAUUUAUACAGCAAUGUCUGUAUUGAAACUGCCUGUUGGACAGAACAGUCUAGAUCCUAACCACUCACCGUAUGAAAUAUUUUUGCUCAUGUCAGCAUUGUCUCAAUUGCAGCCUUUCAUGAGUCGGACCAUUUCCUCAAUGUCUGCUCUGUUCAGACCCCCUCAUGGUUUCGAAAACCUCAAUCAAAUCUCCUCUUGGCCUGCUCUUCUCCAAUGAGAACAGAACUCUCAUCACCAAUUUAGCCUUGUAAUUGAAGUUCCUCAUUCCUGGAACCAUUCUGGUGAAUCUUUACUGCACCUUCUUUAAUAUCUUCAUCUUGCCUGAGGAGUGGUGCCUAGAACAAGAAGCAGCACUCUAGCUGAGGCCAAGCCAGCCAAACCAUCACUUCCAUUAGCACUCAGAGCCCAAUACUGGUUGGGGAGUGAGAUACAUUCAGGUUUCUGCAGUACAGUAGCGCCUCGACUUACGAACUUAAUCCGUUCCGGGACCCGGUUCGCAAACCGAAAAGUUCACGAACUGAAUCAAUUUUUCCCAUUGUUCGGAUACCGUAAAAAUGCUUGGAUGUAGCAACGAACACUGUUCACAGCGCACGUGCCAAAGACGAACUGAAUGAGAUCAUGCGCCCAAGAACUUUUGCGUUCAACAAGUGCGUAGCAAAGCAGAACAAUGAAACUACAUGGUCGCACGCGGGCUUUUUGCGUUCGUACCUUGAAUUUCGUAUGUAGAUUGAAGAAAACUUUUACGUACAAUCCUGUUCGUAAAUCAAUUUGUUCGUGAACGAGAUUGUUUGUAUGUCGAGGCGCUACUGCACUUGAUUUCUUGAUACACAUCCAAAACCAACCGCUGACUAGCCUGGCUUCAAUUUUGAGGCUGUGGCCUCUGUAUUUGUAAAGUGAGCAAGCUCUCUAAUAAGUAUGGGAUAGAAUCAGAUUCAAGUUGAUGUAAAUUCUAGAUUAAUCCUCAUCAGAUGAUCAGUGUUUGAUAAAUAUCAUAGGGAAUGUUUGUAUUGUUCUGUCUGGGAGGACUACUAUCCUGAGUAUAGUGAGGGAGUGGGUGUGCAUCUCAACAGAUCUGAGUUCCUUUAGCUAUCAUACCUCGAUGUAAUAACAGUGUGAUACGUUCAUCUUGCACUCUGCCAAGAUUCAUUUUAUGAUCUGGGAAAGACCUUCAGACAUUUAAAAAUCUUUUUGUUGUUUUGGUUCAUUCAAAUCUUGGGAAGCGAAUUUUAUUUCUCUGUCUG